AUUGCCCUUCUUACAUAUAAACCCAACCCUCAAAGCCAAAACCCUGUCCCGUGCAGUCUCUUGGGUUUGUGGCCGCUCUUUGCCCCUUUCGCAACCCCUGGUCCGCCCUGUGGCCAUGGAACCACGGGCUCACACACCUCCUUCACCUUCGCCACUUCCGUUGAGAACAACCUCCUCCAACAUCCCUACCACCCUUCUCAACAGGUACGAGCUUGGUCGGUUACUGGGCCGCGGCAGCUUCGCUAAGGUUUACGCUGCUCGCUCUCUGAUGGACAACAAACCCGUUGCUAUAAAGAUUAUUGACAAAACACGCACGGUGGACGCUGCCAUGGAGCCCCGGAUAAUAUGCGAGAUCUCUGCCAUGCGCCGCCUCCAGCACCAUCCCAAUAUUCUUAAAAUCCAUGAAGUCAUGGCCACUAAGACCAAAAUCUACCUAGUUGUGGAGCUUGCCUUGGGUGGCGAGCUCUUCUCCAAGGUUCUCCAGCGUGGUAAACUUAAGGAAUCUACGGCCCGUCGAUACUUUCAACAGCUUGUAUCUGCCCUCCACUUCUGCCACCAGAACGGAGUCGCUCACCGCGACGUCAAGCCUCAGAAUCUCCUCCUCGACGAGAAUGGUAGUCUAAAAGUAUCCGAUUUCGGUCUAUCGGCCUUGGCCGAGGCGCAGAAUGGCGGUGUCCUGCAGACGGCAUGUGGGACCCCAGCUUUCACCGCGCCGGAGGUGAUGGCACGGCUGGGCUACGACGGUGCGAAAGUGGACGCGUGGUCUUGCGGGGUCAUUCUCUUCUUUCUUCUAUCAGCACGGUUACCCUUCGACGAUACGAAUCUUGCAGCCAUGUACAAGAAAAUUCAUCGAAGAGAAUAUCAAAUGCCUUCUCCUAUCUCAAAACCAGCUAAAUCGAUUAUAACUCGGCUUCUUGACCCAAAUCCGACUACAAGAAUGAGCAUACAAGAACUAAUGAGUCAUUCUUGGUUCCUGAAGAAUUAUGAAUUUCCAACUCAAAGUAGCAUGUUUGAAUUAGAAUAUACAAAACAUUGUAAAUUUGAUACUUCAGCUGGUAAUGCAUUUCAUAUAAUAUCUUUAUCUUCGGGGUUGGAUCUAUCCGGCCUCCUUGAGGUUAAAAGUAGAAGAGAGAAGAGAUUUACUUCAAGGGAGACGGUGGAGAGAAUUGCGGAAAGAGUGAGAGAGGUUGGUGGGAAAUUAGGAUAUAGGGUUGAGGAAGGAAAGGGUAGGGCAAUUGGGUUGGGCAAAGGAAGGGUGGUUCUGGUGUUGGAGGUGUUGGAAAUAGCGGAAAAGUUAUUGGUGGUGGAAGUGAGGGUGGUGGGGGGUGAUGGGGCGGAGUUUGAGGAAUUUCAGUGGGGGGAGUUGAAGGAUGGGCUUCAAGAUGUUGUUUUUCAAUGGCAUAAUGAUUCUAUGUGAAAAGAGGAUGUAUGUAUUUUCCUGAAAGCAUGUGGGGAGAUAAGCUCGAUCUAAUGGAACAUGGACGCAGAACACUGGCUGGUCUUUGUAUAUUGGACAAUUCUGCAGUUUCAGCCUAUAUCUUUAGCAUUUAGUUGUAUUAGCUAGGCAUGGAUCACGAUCCUUCCUAUUUAAGUUUGUACAUGCCGACUUAAUUUAGUUUGAUUGAGAUUUGAUUU